GGUGUGGUCAGAACUUCUUCGGGAAGAGAUGUGAUAGGACGAUGUUCUUGUACCAGCCUCCGAAAAAUAUUUGAAACGUAUUGAGUUUUACGCAACUAAUGGAUAUCAAAAGCAUGAGAUCAGUAGUUUAAAAGCGAGACUAAAAUAUCAGUAAACGGGAGCGGAUAAAACAAUGGAGCUUCUGGAUUAUCAAGUGAUAUUUUAAAAGAAUCGUAGACGUGCACUGGAUGACUAAUUUCAUCUCAUUUCAGAUCCUGUCAUAAUUUGCAGUUUCAGCAGCUGAAUAUUGGAUUUGGACGACGAUCUCGUUUACUGUGACUGAUUUAAAUAUGAUGAACUGAUGGAAUACUUGGCCAAAUCACUGCUGCUUGUUUAAAGCGUGUUUAAUCCCAUUUAGGGAUACCCCAGAACGGCCAGUUUCUUGGAGGAGCUGCAUCUCGCCGGUAUGGUGCGCCUGCUGAAGUGUGUCUUGCUGGGGUAUUUGACGUGGAAUCUGCGGAUAUCGGAUGCCCGGGGAGAGUACUGCCACGGCUGGUUGGACACCAGUGGGAAUUACCACGAGGGCUUCCAGUGUCCGGAGGACUUUGAUAUGGUGGAUGCGACUGUGUGCUGCGGGACCUGCUCAUUGCGCUACUGCUGCGCCGCCGCGGACGCGCGUCUCGACCAGGGAACCUGCACGAAUGACAGACAAGAGGAGAAUCACACGCAAUAUGCGGCCCAGCCCAUCUACGUGCCCUUCCUGAUGGUGGGCUCCAUCUUCGUGGCAUUUGUCAUUGUCGGCUCUCUGGUGGCUGUGUACUGCUGCACCUGUCUGCGACCCAAACAGCCCACUCAGCAGCCAAUCCACUUCUCGCUCCGCAGUCAGGGCGAGACUAUUCCCAUGAUCCUUACCACGGCUCCGCCCAGCCUGCGGACACCUUCGCGGCAGUCUAGCACAGCCACCACCAGCUCCAGUUCGGUGGGAGGCGGGAGCUCGGUCCGUCGCUUCUCCCUGGGUCGGGGUGACGCACUUGGGCCAUGUUCGCAACAGCAGCUUCUGAUGGUCUCAUCCUCCUCAGCAUCCACACCUGUAUCUGUGACAUCAACCCAGCCCCUACUGCCCCCACCACCUCCACCACCCUACACCUCCCAGCAGGGCUUACAGGGCAGUAACUCUCUCCAACACCCACACAACCAGUUACAGCUCCACCACCAGACCCUGCUGCCGGCCCAGAGCUCCGGGUUCCUUCUGCCUCAGCAGUACUUCUUUCCGUUGCAGCAGGAACCCUUCUCCGGGAACAAGGGCUUUGCUGACUUCAGCCAGAGCUGACCUGGGGCUUGCAGGCUGCUGGGAAAUGCUUAAAAGGAGAUAGAAACCAAAGACUCAGUCAUUCACAAUGGUGGUGUUGUAGACUCAUAUUACAGGGGCACCCAUUCAAGCACUGCACUGGAAGACAAUGGGCGCUAAUAUGUCUUUCAGCAAGCAGGAUUUGGCACUUGUGAGACUGCAUCUGGGUGAGAUAGUAGAGCACGAGGUGUGGCUUUACAGUACAGCAAUGAAUGAACUUGACUGGAAUCUUAUAGAUGCUCAAGCAUAGAAUAUAAGAUGCCAGAACAUGGUUGUCUGCUUCAAAGCACCUAAACCUACAAUGGAUCAUAUGUCUUAUGCACUUUUCAUCUGUUAAUAUGAUAAAUGACUUCAAUAAUGUACUCAAGCAAAAGACUGUAUCACACAACAUUUUUUGCAUCUGUAUCUGAGAUAAGAACGAACAACAAUGGGCAACCUGGUCUCAAUGAAUAACAUUCUUGUACUUUUUAUGUGACUCGUACAUUUCGCGGCAGUUUCCUGGUGAAAUGAACACUAGAGGCAAAACAACAACCAGUUUUAUACACGUACACACAAAUCACAAUAAAAGGGCAAAUUAUCAAUUCAUAAACACUUCCAUUUCUCCCUGUUUCUCACACAGUGCUGUCUAAUGACAUCAAAACACUUUUACUAUAGUGCAUGUCUUGUAAGUUAGCUCAAGAAAUUCCAGAAAAGCAUGCAAGCUGACACGUGAACACAAAGUGUAAUGGAAGCUCCAUAAAAUUAUGUGGUUGCUUUGCCAAUUUUGUUUUUUUAUCUCACAUUUGCCUUUGAUGACACAAUUGUUUAGGGUUAAGGAAGGGAGGUAGGUUUUAUUGAUUUAUAACUCAAAGGAGCAUUAACCUUAUUAACAUCAUUUAGGACAAAAUUUAACUCUCUUUUAGUGCCACACAGUGGACAUUUCACCUCGACACUGCCGCAGUAAGUGUAAUGAACCACUUAAUGCCAUUUUUUAAAAUUAUUGCCAUAGUCACUCAAUUUUCAUGAGAUCAGGCGUACAAUGGACAUAGUAAUAAAUGUUAUGUUUUUUGACAAUCUCAACCCCAUUUUAGGGGUAGAGCACAAAUAGUGCCGUAUAUGAACAGGGGUUUCCUAGGAAUGCUUAAGAUUGAUGUGGGUUAUCUUAUUUUUCCGAAGGGCCAGACUAAAGGUUUAAUUACCAGAAUGAGACAGAGAUUAUUCAUUAUGGUAAAAAUAGGUAUUCAAAUGUCCUUGUAUGUUAAUCUUGCUUUGUAAAAGGACACGUACAUACAGUGAGCCACAUUGCGAACAUUCCACAGUCUGCUCUUAGCUUUAUAUGAAUUAAAUUCACAACUACCCCUGGGGCGGCUUCUGUUUUUAAUGUCUAUAGAAUGUCCUGGUGAAGGUUUUUCUUCAAUUCUGUAUAAUUUGUGGCAAUCUGAAAGCCAUUAUUGGCUCAGUUUCACAUUACAUUGGCAACACAGUUUGUAUCUGUUGUAUUUGAUAUGAGCAAAGUUUUUUAAAUGAACACAACAUCAUGUGGGCCUUGAACUAAAUAUUACAGUCUUUAAUCAACAGUGUUUUCAAGUUAAAUUAAACGGUUUGUUAUUUCA